AUGGUGAAUGUAUCAAUUAUUUCGAAGAAGACUAUCAAACCCUUGUCUCCCACCCCAUCUACUCAAAGAUUGCACAAGCUUUCCCUUGUUGAUCAAGUGGUGAGUCAUAGUUAUAUACCCCUUGUUUUUUUCUACACCAAACAUCAAGUAGCUACCAUCCCAAAUGGAUCUAAACAACUAUCACAACUCCUAGCAAACUCUUUGUCAAAAACUUUAACUUGUUACUAUCCAUGGGCUGGGAGUCUGAAAGAUAAUGCCACCAUUGAGUGUGAUGAUCAUGGGGCUGAGUUCUUUGAAGUUCAAAUAAACUCUCCCAUGGACAAAAUUGUUUAUCACCCCGAUUCACGUAUCAAAGACUUGACAUUUCCUCAAGGUACACUUUGGGGGAGUUGUAUUGGUCGUGCAUCGACUGUAGCUCAACUCAGCCAUUUUGAGUGCGGAGGAAUAGCACUUAGCGUUUGCGUGUCACACAAGGUGGGAGAUGGAUGUAGUGCUUACUACUUCUUGAGGGAUUGGGCUGCAUUAACGCGGAACCCUAAUGCAAAAUUAGCUCCAUGCUUUGUUGAGGAUUCCCUAAUACCAUCACCCUUUGAUGGUCCUCUUGUCUUCCCAUUGGUUGAUUCAAAACCGGAAGAAUGUAUCCAAAAGAGGUUUGUUUUCUCCGCCUCUAAGAUACGUGCUCUCAAAGCCUUGGUUGCUCAUGAAUCUGGAGUAACAAAUCCAACGAGGAACGAGGUGGUCAAUGCACUUCUCUAUAAAUGUGCUGUCAGUGCUAAUGACAACUCGGGUUCGUUCAAGCCAUCUCAGUUGAUCCAGUGCUCAAAUUUACGAGCAUCAAUGUCACCUCCUCUACCACCAACCUCUAUUGGGAAUAUCCUCACCGUAUUUUCCACACCAAUAUAUCACGAAGAACAAGACCUCAAAUUGCCAAAAUUAGUAGCUGAUAUAAGAAAGUCCAAAGACAACCUCUCGGGCAGAAAUAAUGUGGAACAAAAUGAGUUGGUUUCGGAGAUGCUGGAUGCAUAUAGAAACGGAGAAGCGCCAUACCAGCAAAGGAACUGUGAUGUGUACACUAACACUAGCUUUUUAGGGUUCGAAUUCGAGAAACUAGACUUUGGAUGGGGGAAACCUGCUAGAGGAAGUAUAGCAAGUGGUCCAGCUAACAAGAUCUUUAUAUUGAUGAAUACACCUGAUCGCAGAGGAGUUGAAGCGUUCGUGAACUUGAAUGAACAAGACAUGUCUGUCUUCGAGAAUUACAAGGACCUUCUCCAAUUUGCUACUCCUAUUGAGCAGGCACAUGAUUUAUUAUGAACAACAAUACGUAUUCAUAUUAUGCAUGAUCGAUGAAAUUGGACAAUUUCGAUUCUUGCAUGCCAAAGUGACAAGGAGCUUCUUCAAUUAGUAAUAUGUACUGCUUUGCUUUCUGCAUUCAGAUCAGUGUUAAGUUUUGAAUUUCAUUUGUUUCUGAUAUAUCUGUUGUGUUUUUUUUAUUUUAUUUCUCUCGGUUAGCAAAAGUUUUUAAUAUUGAUUGUUAAUGUUUAAUUCCCAAUGCUUGGGACUUGUCUUCUCUAUUCUCUUUUAUAUAUCCCUGAUGUUAACUUUCUUCUUAUGGCAAAGAACUAAUUCUGUUUUAUAGUAUCUUCGUAUUAAUUUACAGCUUUCUGAAAAGGAACAAAAGAUAUAGAAAGGCAGGACAUUUAAUUUUUUCUUUAUUUACUCUAUUUUGGACAAGCGGUGCACCUGACAAGUGAAGG